AAGACGUCCUCCUGCGCUUGCUGUCCAUCACCCACUACUCCCUGCCCCAGAGCAUCCAGAGCCUGAAGUGCCGGAGGUGCGCGGUGGUGGGCAACGGCCACCGGCUCCGCAACAGCUCCAUGGGGGAGACCAUCAACGCCUACGACGUCGUGAUCAGGUUGAACAACGCCCCGGUCCAUGGUUAUGAGCAGGACGUGGGCUCCAAGACCACCAUGCGCCUCUUCUACCCGGAGUCGGCCCACUUCAACCCCAGGACGGAGAACAACCCCGACACGUUGCUGGUGCUGGUGCCCUUCAAACCCAUGGACUUCCAGUGGAUGGAGGCCAUCCUCAACGACAAGAAGAGGGUUCGGAAAGGGUUUUGGAAACAGCCCCCGUUGAUCUGGGACGCCAACCCCGAGCAAGUGCGCGUCCUCAACCCUUAUUACAUGGAAGUAACUGCUGCUAAACUGCUUAACCUCCCCAUGAAGCAACCACGGAAGGUCAAACAGAAGCCCACCACGGGGUUGUUGGCCAUCACCUUGGCUGCGUCGGAGCACAACGUCUCGCACGAGGCGGUGGCCAUCAAGCGGAUGCUGGAGCUGGGUCUCAUCAAGAACCUCACCUACUUCUGA